UGAUGAGCUGUGGUGUGGAGUGGGCUGGCGGCAGACGCUGGGUCGAGCGGGGUGAGGAGAGCGGCGGGCUCGGGGCUGCAGGCCCGAAAGGAGUGAGCAUGCGCGCGGGGCCGCGGCGUAAAACCGUCGCGGUGUGUGCGGUGCAGGUGGGGGAGGGGUGGCGCGCGCCCAGCCUCUUACCUCGCGGGGUCACGGCCCCGGAGGCCCCCGCGGUCUGAUGGCCUGUCCUCUGGAGCUUUCUGCACCCGGGGGUCCCGGGCGCACUGACCCCCCCCCCCCCUCUUUUUCCGUCGUCUACACUGCGCGCUGGUGGGAGCUGUUUUGCUCUGGAAAGUGCGUAGUUCCCUUGCGGAUAUGAUCUUUUGGGGCCAGAAUCUGGGUAUAUAUGAAUGUAAACCCUCACCCAUUCACAAAUAAGCCCAGGAAUGUCAACUGAGAGGAUCACUUCUCUGUAAGCUAUUAGCCCAGUCUUAGGUGCAGAAUGAGCACAUGUUGUUGGUGUACGCCAGGUGGUGUUACCACCAUUGACUUUCUAAAGCGCUAUGCAUCCAAGACCCGCCCCAGAGAAUUUCGAACAGCUGAUGAAGACCUCUGCUACUGCUUAGAGUGUGUGGCUGAAUACCACAAAGCAAGGGAUGAGUUGCCAUCUUUGCAUGAGGUUCUAUGGGAAUUAGAAAUCUUACGUCUCAUAAAUCACUUUGAAAAAUCCAUGAAGGCAGAAAUUGGAGAUGAUGAUGAAUUAUAUAUAGUAGACAACAAUGGAGAGGCACAGCUCUUUGACUCUACUGGCCAAGACUUUGAAAAUAAGCUUCGAGUUCCUCUUCUUGAAAUACUGAAAUAUCCUUAUCUGCUUUUGCAUGAGCGUGUUAACGAAUUAUGUGUUGAAGCCCUGUGUCGGAUGGAACAAGCUAAUUGCUCCUUUCAGGUUUUUGAAAAACAUCCAGGGAUCUAUUUGUUUCUGGUCCAUCCCAAUGAAAUGGUUCGGCGUUGGGCUAUCCUGACCGCAAGGAACUUGGGGAAAGUGGACAGAGAUGAUUAUUACGACUUACAGGAGGUUUUAACGUGCCUUUUUAAAGUCAUUGAGUUGGGGCUUUUAGAAAGUCCAGACAUUUAUACUUCUUCUGUCCUCAAGAAAGGGAAACUGAUUCUUCUGCCCUCACACAUGUAUGAUACUACCAACUACAAAAACUAUUGGUUAGGUAUUUGCAUGUUGCUGACCAUUCUUGAGGAGCAAGCCAUGGAUUCACUGUUGCUGGGGUCAGACAAACAGAAUGACUUUAUGCAGUCAAUACUUCACACCAUGGAGAGGCAGUCAGACGAUGAUAGCAUGGCUCCCUUCUGGCCAGCGUUACACUGUUUCAUGGUGAUUCUGGAUCGCCUUGGCUCUAAGGUCUGGGGUCAGCUUAUUGAUCCUAUUGAGGCCUUUCAAACCAUUAUCAACAAUGUGAGCUACAAUAGAGAGAUCCAGAGUAUACGGAACAGCUCUGUAAGGACCAAGUUAGAACCGGAGUCAUAUUUGGAUGAUAUGGUGACUUGCAGCCAGAUUGUAUACAAUUACAAUCCUGAAAAGACCAAAAAGGAUUCAGGGUGGAGAUCAGCCAUUUGCCCAGAUUAUUGUCCUAACAUGUAUGAAGAAAUGGAAACAUUAGCCAGUGUGCUUCAGUCAGAUAUUGGCCAAGACAUGCGUGUUCAUAACAGCACGUUUCUGUGGUUCAUCCCUUUUGUUCAGUCCCUGAUGGAUCUUAAGGAUUUGGGUGUGGCUUAUAUAGUGGAGGUUAUUCAUCAUCUGCACUCUCAAGUCAAAGAUGUCCUCAACCAACCAGAUGCCGGGUGUGACAAAGUCACUGAAUUUUUUCUUCUCAUCUUGGUGUCAGUGAUUGAGCUGCAUAGAAAUAAAAAAUGUUUGCAUUUGCUGUGGGUUAGUUCCCAGCAGUGGGUGGAAGCUGUUGUGAAAUGUGCCAAGCUUCCUACCACUGCAUUUGCACGGAGUUCUGCAAAAUCAUCUGGAAAUUGCUGCAAAGGAACAACCAUGAUAACAUCUCUGUCAUUGCAUUCAAUGCCAUCUAACUCUGUACAGCUUGCUUGUGUGCAGCUGAUUAGAAGUCUCCUAAAAGAAGGUUAUCAGUUUGGGCGGCAAACUGUCUGUAAGCGAUUCUGGGAUAAGCUCAAUUUAUUCCUGCGAGGAAAUUUAUCUCUAGGUUGGCAGUUGAGCAGUCAGGAGACCCAUGAGUUACAAAUGUGUUUAAAGCAAAUUAUUAGAAACACAAAGUUCAAAGAACCUCAGUGUAGAACUUUAGUGGACCUGAUUCCUUCAUGUAAAACCCCUCCUGUGUCUUACAAAGAAGAAAAAGAACAGAUAGGGAAGAAGUCUAAAGAAGACAUGAACUGUCUGAAAAAUUCAAGCCCAACAUUUUCUAAUGAAGAAUUGAAAGCUGAUACAUAUCAGGUGCAAGAGAGAAUAUUGAUCAAAGCAGGUAACAAAUUAGAAGAGGAUAAUGGGCAAAGUUAUAUAAAAGAUUUGAAACCAGAAAACAGUCUCUCAGCUGAGUUAUGUUUAAAGCAAAGUAGUAAAAGCCUUUUUGCUGGAAGAGCUCAGGAUAAAGUUAAAAUAAGUACAGGGGAACAGAAGUCUGUAAGAGAGAAUUGUACUUCAAAAAAUGGUCCAGAAAGGGGAUAUGACAGAGGGAUAAUAAUGUCAUCAUGUUUGCCAACUGACCGUAGCAGUGAUUCUCUGGAGAUGUCUGCGUCAAGUGAGGAUUUCUCCUUAAAGGAUGAUGCUCUUGGCAAAACCUCAAAAGCAAAAUCUAAGACACAGAAAGAUGUAAUCUGUGCUAAAUUAUCACACGUAAUAAAGAAGCAACACAGGAAAAGUGCUUUGGUCAAUAAUGCCAUCAAUUUAGAGGAAAAAUUGGCUGUAUCUAAUAUUGAGAGCUUUUGUGCAAGGAAAGAUACAGGAGGCCAGAAAGGGGAUGGUUUCUUACACAGUCUUUCUUUAGAAACUAAUGGGAUUCUGGAUGAUAAAAAUGGAGGAAAAAAACGGCUGGAAAAGAAACAACUGAAGAGUGAAGCAUUAGAUAAUUUCUCUUCUCAUGAAAACAGUUAUCAAAUACAAGACCAUCAAGUUGGUAAUAAAGAUUUAUUCUCAUUUACAGAAAUGACCAAUACUUGCAUAAAGAAAACAUCUUUGAAAGAGCCUAUGACUGCAAUUCCAUCAACAGAUAAAAAAAUCAGCAAGAGUACCAAUCUGCUUUCUUCUGACUGGAGAGAACAGUUUUCCAGCAUUAUUCCUAAGUCUGACACCUUGACAGAUUCUCAGGUAGACAGAGACCUCCACAAAUUAUCUGUAAUAGCUCAAGCCAGGGCUACUAAGUUUCCAUCAGGUUCAUCUCAUAAAGGCUUAUCCGAGCUACAAAGAAAAGUAAAAGAUGAUGAAAGGUGUCAUGGACAGGUUAUUAUUAUUUCAGAUUCUGAUGAUGAUGAAAGAGUUCUGGAUUUAGAGAAACAUGUUAAACAAGAUAAAGAGAAAGAAUGUCCAGAGCAGCAUUCUUCAAUACCUAAUGCGAGUAUGGAAAAGAAGCUAAUUAAAGAAGAAAAGACAAAGUCCUUUUUGCAGCUUGAAGAAUCUGAUUCUCAGCUUUUUGAGUUUGAAAGUCCACAUGAAGUAUUUUCAGUUUGGCAAGAUCAGAAACCAGAUAGCAAUGGUUCAGUUCAAGAGGAUGAAAAAAAUUCAUGUUUGACUCACAUAGCUGACAUCACAAGUGAUUGGGGUUGUGGUACAAAUUACAUAUCUGAAGAGGUUAUUAAAGUAACAGAAGGCAUUAAAGAACAUGCAGAACCACAGAGUGGUAGUAAUUCUGGGGAAUUUUGUGAGACUGAAGCAAAAAAACAUAAGAGAAAACGAUUUGAGGAAACUAUGACCAAAGACCCUCCCAGGCCUUUAUCCUCUGACAAAAAUGAGGAGCAGUCUGAUAUUCUUAAUGAGAGAAACCUGAAUGAAGAUGAUUUUAAGAAUGUAGACAUAAGGGCUACAACUCCUGAUUCAAAUGUUCAGAGAGCCACUAUGGUUCCAGUAAGGAAGUCCUCUCCAAAAGUUCGCACUUACUCCAAAUCCAUUAGGAGAGUCCCAGUUUCUAAAACUCCUAAGAAAGCACGUUCAGAUACCAAAAAAGGGCAGAAUAAAAGUUCAUAUUACCUCAGUUGUAGGACAACUCCUGCUAUCGUACCACCAAAGAAGUUUCGCCAGUGUCCUGAACCAGCUUCAACAGUAGAGAAACUUGGUCUAAAAAAGGCUCCUCGUAGAGCAUUUGAGUUGUCUCAGCGUUCGUUAGAAUAUUUAGUUCAGUUACGUGACCAUGGCAAAACUGUUGGAGUAAUUGACACCAAAAAAAAGACUAAAUUAAUUUCUCAGGCUCUCCCUAUCAAAAAUAAUAAUGAACUGCUGACGAGUCAAGAUCUUCAGUUGCGAAGGCAGGUGAGACCCAAAUCACCACAAAGCAGACAAAGACUUUCUGAUGAGAGUACAGAUGCUGAAAGAGCAAGACCAUGUGCAGCACUGAAUUCUGGCAUACUUAUGCCACAAUCAGAUGGGUCAGAGGUGAUUGCUAACGAUAAUGGAAAACAGUUAAUUAGAUGUGUGUCUUCUGAACCAGAACCCACGAAAGUAAGAUAUAUUUGUCAGGUGACUGACGAUGCUUGCCUUCUGAACCAGUGUGAUUUUGUAGCGUUAGAUCAAAGCAUACCAACACAUGACAUAAUUGUCUCUACUUCAGAGGACUCUCUAGGUGGGGGUUUAGCUGUGGCAGCUUUGAAAGAGGGAGAGCCUGAAAAAAAGAGUGAUAAAGAGGAUGAUAUAUUUUUAACACAACGUGAUCCUGAAGAUAUGGAUUUAUGUUCACAGAUGGAGAGUGAUAAUGAUAAACACAUUGAAAUAGUUCAUGGAAAAGUUAUGGUUCAGGUAGAAGAAGAUGCCGAACGUUGGCCUCAGUCGAAAUCUUUGAGUAGCACAAAAUGUAAGUUCAAAGAUUGUGUCGAAACCCCAAAAAACCAGGGUGAAUACUGCUCAAAACACUCUGAAGCUAAACCAGCAGAUGAAGAUUUAUUUCGUAAACCUAGCUUGCCACCUCCUGCAUCUAAACCUUCAAGACGUUCUACUGCUAAGGUUUUUAGCUCGAGAAGUACUUCACGAAUUGCUGAUCUUUCCAAGUCUUUGGAAGAUAGCCUAGUGCUUCCACCAGCUGUAAAAAAGAAGUCAAAUGGGGUACAGUCCGUUUUGAAAGGAUCACCUCCAGCCUCUCUGGUGUCCCAGAAGCUAGUGUGUCAGGUGAAGAGUUUAUGCAAUGUUCUUCAUGCUCAGACUCCAAGUAAUUCCAGCAGACUAGGUUACAAACCUCCAUUUGGUGAAAGCAGAUCUUUUUUGGCUUCUUCUCCAGUAAACAUUGUCUUGUCACCACAGUCCAUCUCUGACACCCUCGUUAAAGAGGUCUUAAAAUGGAAAUAUGAGAUGUUCCUGAAGUUUGACCCAUGUGGGCCUCCAGCAGAUCAUAACCAGUUCGUCUCAAGACAUGUGCCCAUCAGAUUUAAAGAUUGUGGAGAUUAUUUUGAUGUUUUUUUCCCUUUAAUAGUUUUGAAUGCUUUUGAAACGGUAGCACAGGAAUGGAGGAAGUCACCACAUAAAGAGAAAUUCCAUCAGUUGCAUUUACGAAAACUUCCUUCUGAUUAUAGAAAAUACUGGGAGUUUAUGAUUUAUCUUGAUGAAUGUGAACUAACUCAACAGCUUUAUCCAAAGGAAAAUGAUUUGGUGUUUUUGGUUCCUGAAAGACUAAAUGGAGAGAUGGAAAAUACAGAGAGAAAUUGCCUGCAAGAUCCCCACGAAUAUCAUUGUGGUUAUGUUAAUAAAUUUUGCCGCACUUCAGUCAUGCGUAAUGGGAAAUCUGAGUGUUCCCUUUUCAUCCAGACUCAAGAUAAUUUGGCAGUCAAUUUAAAUGAACUGGUAAAAUGCAUUGUAAUCAGUUCUCUGUUAACUACGCAAAGGAAGUUGAAAGCCAUGUCUUUGUUGAAUGGUCGGAGUCAACUGGCCAGAGUUGUUCUGAAUCCAAACCCCAUGGACUUCUGUACAAAAGAUUUACUAACUACAACAUCUGAGAGAAUUAUUGCUUACUUAAGAGAUUUCAAUGAAGACCAAAAGAAAGCAAUAGAAACUGCAUAUGCCAUGGUGAGACACUCCCCAUCGGUUGCCAAAAUCUGUCUGAUUGAAGGACCACCUGGAACAGGAAAAUCAAAAACUAUUGUUGGCCUCCUGUAUCUCCUCCUGACAGAGAGCCAGAGGAAGGGGCAUUCAGAUGUUAACUCCAAUGCCAAAAUCAAACAAAACCGAGUCCUUGUGUGUGCACCUUCCAAUGCAGCUGUGGAUGAACUUAUGAAAAAAAUCAUCCUCGAAUUCAAAGAAAAGUGUAAAGACAAGAAGAAUCCUUUGGGAAACUGUGGAGAUAUAAAUUUAGUGCGUGUGGGUCCAAUAAAGUCUAUUAAUAAUGAGGUCCUAAAAUUCAGUUUGGACAACCAAGUUAGCCGCAGAAUGAAAAAAGACUUACCUUCUCAUGUUCAGGAGAUGCAUAGAAGAAAAGAAUAUCUGGAUAAUCAGCUGGACGAACUUUCCCGCCAGCGUGCUUUAUGCCGAGGUGGAAGGGAAAUACAGAGACAAGAAUUAGAUGAAAAUAUUGCAAUGGUAUCAAAAGAAAGGCAGGAACUUGCUUCUAAACUUAAAGAGGUUCAAGGACGCCCACAAAAAACACAGAGUAUCAUCGUUUUGGAGUCCCAUGUCGUCUGCUGCACCUUGAGCACCAGUGGUGGUUUAUUGCUCGAGUCUGCUUUUCGUGGGCAAGGGGGUCUCCCCUUCAGUUGUGUCAUUGUUGAUGAGGCUGGGCAGUCUUCUGAAGUUGACACCCUUACUCCGCUCAUCCAUCAUUGCAACAAGCUUAUCCUAGUAGGAGAUCCUAAACAGCUCCCUCCCACUGUCAUUUCUGUGCAGAAAGCCCAGGAGCAUGGCUAUGACCAGUCAAUGAUGGCUCGCUUCUACAAGCUGCUGGAGGAGGACGUGGAGCACAAUAUGAUUGGCAGGCUGCCCAUUGUACAGCUCACCGUUCAGUACAGGAUGCAUCCAGACAUAUGUCUCUUCCCUUCUAAUUAUGUUUAUAACAAAAGCUUGAAAACAAAUAGACUGACUGAGACCACGCGGUGUUCAUCAGACUGGCCGUUUCAACCUUACCUUGUGUUUGAUGUCGGAGAUGGUUCAGAAAGACGGGAUAAUGACUCAUAUGUAAAUGUUCAAGAAAUAAAACUGGUAAUGGAAAUAAUUAAACUUAUUAAAGACAAAAGAAAGGAUGCUACACUCCGAAACAUUGGCAUAAUAACCCAUUACAAGGCUCAGAAGAUGAUGAUUCAGAAGGAUUUGGACAAAGAGUUUGGUAGAAAAGGGCCUGCAGAAGUCGGUACUGUGGAUGCCUUUCAGGGUCGCCAGAAAGACUGCAUCAUUGUUACGUGUGUCAGAGCAAAUACCAUGCAAGGCUCCAUUGGAUUUCUGGCAAGUUUGCCAAGAUUGAAUGUCACCAUCACACGAGCCAAGUACAGCCUCUUCAUCCUCGGACAUUUAAGGACCCUGAUGGAAAAUGAGCAUUGGAAUCAACUGAUUCAGGAUGCACAGAAGCGCGGUGCCAUUGUUAAGACCUGUGACAAAAACUACAGACAUGAUGCCACAAAGAUUCUGAAACUCAAGCCGGCACUUGAAAGAAGCCUGACUCACCCCCUUGCCAUCACCCCAGAGGCGCCCAGGUUCCAGGGUGGCUUGCCUGGCAACAGGCUAGGCAGUGAACUUGCCCAUACAUCGUUUGCUUCUUCCCCGAACUCUGCACCCUCGGACCCCAAGGGAGCCACUGUUACCAUCCCUGCUCAGGGUCCUGAGAGGCCUCUCCUGCAGGACCGGCUGCGAGACCCACGCCUGCUUCGGAGGAUGGGCAUGGACCGCAAAGGGCAAUGCCUCCAGGAGCCACAGCCCUUGAGCCCCCAGCAGCCUGGAGCAGCUCCUCCCUUGCAAGAGCCAGGCUUUCCUGUGAGUCACCAGAAUCUCGGGAGUGUGCAGCCGUCCACUGCCGAAGUAGCUCCUCUGAGCAGCCACAAACUUCCCGGGCCGGGUGACCCUCCGGCUGCUAGUACUGAAGCUUCCACAAGUAAAAGAAAACGUGGCCAGGAAGAAAAUCUCAGCCAUCGAAGAGAGACCAGGGCUUUCAGUGAAGGGGACCAGGAAAAGCAUAGCUCUGAGAGCCAUCACACAGAGAGGAACUCUGGCUGGGACAAGAGGAGACUGGAGGAGGAUAGUUCAAAGAAAAGAAAGCUUUUAUAGUGAAGGCCAAAUGACAUAGACUUUCAGCCAUAAGCGUUAUUGCAGACUUAAGAUAACCAGCUAAAAGGACCAUUCAGAUAAGAUGAUUUUUUCCUAAAAGGAGUUUGUGUGCUAUUGGAAAACAUGGAAAGUGCAUCCACACGCCUGAGCCUGUGGGUCAUCUUCUGUACUUUUUUCAGUUGCAAAAGCUUUCAGAGGGCGUUUGUGUAUCAGUAAUCUGUCCUUGAAGCCGGAGACUGGAAAUGUUGAUCUCCUGUUCUGUAGAGAAGAAGGUCAGACUGGAGUGGAUGUUGUAAAAGUUAAAAUGUAUAUUUGUAUAGCAAAUAACAAAAUCCUUUUAAAAUUUAA